GGAUCCUAAUGAAGAUGAGCUAGCCAUGCCAUGGCACUAACAAACUCUCCCCAUUCAAAGCACUGGACUUGUAGUGAAGCAGAGAGAAAUCUCUAGCUUUGGAAGGAGAAGUUGCCAAGAGGUAUCCCCAGGGGCAAAAGAGAGACUCUAGGAAAGGGCACCUCAGAAACUGGUCAGAUGGGGCAAGCUGGUAAGCCGGUAGGCCAUGGAAGUUCCAGGUGACAUCAUCAGUAGCCACUUCCCUGGACAAUCUCUUGUAUCCAAGAGAACCCUAGAAUCUUCUGUGAUGUCGCCAGUGUUGUGGUAACCAGCGCAGCUUGUGGGGUAUUCCUUCAGAUCCUCAUGGGUUCCCAAGCAGGCAUGUUGUCCAUGCUCCUCAGGGUAUUUCAGAGAGAGAAUAGAAUACACACAGACACCAGACCAAGGCAGAAGGAGGCCGGCCGCCCAUCAUGGUGGGAAAGGGCAAGAAACAACUGGUCAUGGAGAAGGCACAGGUCUGCUGGGGAGGCAUCACCCCAAGCCCCCACCAUCAAUGAGCAGGAGAAGAGACACGAGAGGUUGGAGAAGCUCAAAAGAGAGCUCCAGAACAUAAAAAAUGCCAGAGACGAACUUCAGGGAAUCCUGGCCAACUACACUAACAAGGAUUUAAAUGACAGGAUCAACUUUGAGACAUUCAUGCUUGAGAUGCAACAUGACCAGGUGAUGACUGACCUGAAGAGAAUGCCCCAGGACAUCAGUGAGGCCUUGUCCAAGUGCAAGCAGUUGACUAAAGAAAAUCAGUUCUACUGCUUCAGGAACUGCCACCUCCUGAUUGAAUCUAACCUCAUCCAGCACAAAGUCAGGAUGUUGAGGAAGGAGAACAGACAGCUGCUAAGGGAGCAGAUUGCAUUGGAAGAAUGCAACACAGAAACAAAAAUUCUAUGUAAGGAAGGCAGCCAGAAGAUCAAAGACCACUAUACUAAGCAGCAGCAGGUCUGAAAUAUUCUGCAGAAGCUCAAACAGAUCAGAGACCAGGUCAAGAUCUUGCUCAGACACAACUGUUCACCAGGAGCACUGGGUGUGCAAAGCAAAUUAACCACCAUUGCAUCUAAUCCUUGUAACCAUGGCAAUCUUGGGCUGCAUUUUCUUCUUUUUUGGUUUGCUAUGGGUAAUGAGGCCUUUAUUUUGUCUAGCCUCUGGUCCAGCUAGACUGCCUGUUUGGAAUGCUUCAGAGAAGUGCUAAGAUACAUCAAGAUCUGCUCGGCAUCCAGGAGGGCUCUGAGAAUGCCAAUUUUGGCUGGUCCUGUUGGGUCAUCUAGAAUUAUAUCAUGGUGAUCAGUCAAGUGAAUUUGAAAAACUUUGAGGUAUCAUCUGUAACAUCUCUCAUGCUCAGACUUGGAAGGACUAGUCCAUCAGCAGAACACCCACCCCAAUGAAGCAUGCCUAUAUUCAUCCUGAACAGAUUAUUACCAUCAGUGACUGCCUUUGCACUAUUUCACCAAGGCCAGCAACAGGCUGUAGGUCUUUGCUGAAUAUCUGCAGCAAGAGAAUGAUGCUUAGCUUAAUUAUUUUGUUUGGUUUUGGUUAGAGUUUUGAUAUCUUUGUGUCUUUGGUUUUCCUGUGUUUUCCUUUGAAGUUUCAUUAUAUAUUCACUCUCUUCUUGUUACUGUAAUUAAUUUGCUUUUUUUGCUAAGUCUAUAUACUGUAUAAACUGACUCCUCACUUUAAGUUGUUAUUGAAUAAAAUUAGUGUAUUGUUAUGGAUAAAA